CGAACUGGCGCGCAAGGCACGCAUUGUCCAGGAGCACGACCAUUUCCCAAUGUGGCACGGCCCGGGGGCUAUAAAUGCCGCCAUUGCCUCUCCGCAAGCUAGAUCGCCACGGGACGGGAGUCCGCCUUAGGUUGUAGGCUCCGUUCGAUCAUAAGCAACACAACACCCUUCCGUUUGCGUCGCUCCUCCGGCCUCCCCUCCCUGGUCGGUCGAUCGCGAGGAUGACGCCGGCGAGCGUGGUCGCCGCGCCCAGGAGCGUCGGGGCGUUGCCCUUGGCGGCGUUCCCGGCGCCCGCGAGGGCCGGGGUGCGGAGGAACGGCCGGUCCUCGAGGCCCGCGGCGUGCGGCGGGGACGACCAGCAGCCGCCGUCCAUGGCCGCGAUGCCGGCGUCGCUGCGCGCCAUCCAGGCCAGGAGGAAGCAGGAGGCGGCGCAGCGCGGGGUGCCGCGGGCGACGGCCACGAGCGCGGCCGGGUGCGCCGUGGCGGCCCUCGUCAAGGCCGUGGAGGCCGUCCAGGGCGCGGCGGCCGGGGGCGCCGCGGAGGCCGCGCGCGGCGCCGGGGACGCCGUGGCGUGGGUGUUCAGCAAGGUCCACCUCCAGUCGCCCGACCUCGCCGUCGGGCUGCUCGGGAUGGUCGCCUGCUGCCUCGGCACGAUCGUGGAGGCGGAGAGGUGCCGCGUGGAGGCGAGGAAGCCCGAGGCGGCGCCGGCGGGCAACGCGGGGGCCGACCGCCCCGACGGCAACGGGGCCCCCGCGGAGGAGCCCGAGGACCACGACAUGCCGCAGCUGGUGGAGGCGGACGUGGAGAAGGCGCUCUGGGCCCAGAUCGGCAUCUUGCAUGGCGGCGGCGGCCUGUUCGGGGACAGCAGCUACGGGGCGCAGGAGGAACUCGACGAGGAAGAGGUCAAGGAGAUCGACAGCGCCCGCGCGCGGCGCCGGAAGGCGGCGUACGAGAUGGCCAUCGCCUCAGGCGGCGCCAGCUCGCUCAUCCUGUCCAACUACGCGCAGCUCCUGUACGAGAUCGACAAGGACAUCGAGAGGGCGGAGAUGUACUUCAAGCAGGCGGUGGCCGCCGAGCCGGCGGACGGCGAAGCGAUGCGGAGGUACGGCAUGUUCCUGUGGCACGCCCGCGGCGACACGGGCGGCGCGGAGGACAUGUUCACCGGCGCCAUUGACGCGGAGCCCGAGAGCAGCCACCACCGGAGCAGCUACGCGUGGUUCCUAUGGAUGACCGGCGGCGUCGAGACCUGCCUCAUGGACACCGGCAGGCAGAGCGACGGCAACGACGCGGAUUGAACCGCGCAGCUAGCGCCCUUGGGAUCGGAGACACAAUCCAAAAGCAGACAAGAAAAAGACGACGACGCGACGACCUUACCUUUACCACCGGCAAGUGCCCCGGCCGGCCGGCGGGCCGGCCAUUUAGAUGGCGCGUCUAGGUAUCGCCGUACGUCGUGCCGCAUGCAUGCAUGCCCGGCGGCGCAAGAUGGCUAUGCAGCAAGCGUAGUAUAUAUCAUCCAUGAGCAGCGCCGGCCGUUGUAGAUAGGUGCAAGUUUUCCAGUGUGCUAGAUGAAUGCGCGUCAAGGAGCCACAGCCAGCCCAUGCAGGGCCAGGAGGCGAACAAUAAUAAUGUUGGCAAAGCUGCUAGCGCAUGUUAGAGCGUGUGAUGAAUAGUACUAUAGUAGUAUGUGGAAUAAAAUCAUCCGUCGUGAGAUAGUAGCAAUGCUGUUAUAUAUAACUGCGUUUGUGAGCAACAACAACAAUAUAUAUAUCUGUGUUUUUAUAUAUCUAGAUGUGGUGUUUGAGUU